ACUCUCCACAGGAAACUUUGAGCCAUAAUGCGAAGGCACCUCAGAGCAGACGGGUGCAUUGCUCAAACCAAGUGGGAUACGGCGCAGCUUUGAUAGUGCGUUAAUUACUCAUGUGAUGUGAUACAGAUGUCUGGGGGCUUCAGCUGAAAGUUUGCCUGACGCUUUCCAAGGGGGCCCGGCAGACAUUUUAGAAGCGUGACAAAUCGGGAGACUCUUUCAAUAAAAGGAAUCAAUGGGCUUAAUACACUCAGAAAUGGCCACUACAACUUUUACGUUUCUGAUGCUAAUGGCCUGUUUGGCAGUCAGAGGAAUGGGCCAGAUGAACGAAGUGAGAGCUGAGCACUUAAUAACCCACUCCACACUGCAGCCUCGGGACUUUUACAGCACCAUCAGCCCAGCUGGAGGACCCGGUGUGCCUCUACAGGCCCAAGAAACCAGAGCUCUGGGAUCUAGAGCUGCCAAUCAGACUAGGAAGGUGCCCCCAGCAUGCUACAAAAGUCUCACCAUCAGCAGAUACUUUAAGUACAUCAACGCCACCAUCUCCGUCAUAGUCUUUGUAGUCGGCCUGGUUGGGAACGCCACCCUCCUGAGGAUCAUAUUCAAGAACAAAUGCAUGUGGAAUGGGCCCAACGCCCUCAUCGCCAGCUUAGCUCUGGGUGACCUCAUAUACAUUUUCAUCGUUAUACCUAUCAACCUAUACAAGCUGCUAGCAUCCAGCUUCCCGUUUGCUGACAGUUCGUUCGGUUGGUGUCUUUGCAAGCUUGUUCCUUUCCUGCAGAAGGCUUCUGUCGGCAUUACGGUCCUCAACCUGUGUGCCCUCAGCGUGGACAGGUACCGGGCUGUGGCAUCCUGGAACAGAGUACAGGGAGUGGGCAUUCCUCUCUUCACCCUCAUCGAGAUCAUACUUAUCUGGGUCUUGUCACUCAUCCUGGCAGUUCCUGAGGCUAUUGGUUUCGAUAUAGUCCCUGUCAACCACAGCAACUUCAAAAGCACCUGCAUGCUUUCCCCAAAGACACCAGCCAUGGAGACCUACAAGGAGGCAAAAGACUGGUGGCUGUUUGGGUUCUACUUCUGCAUGCCAGUGAUUUGCACGGCCGUCUUCUACACUCUGAUGACCCUGGAGAUGCUCAACCACAGGAAAGGCAGUCUUCGCAUUGCACUCAGCGAACACCUUAAACAGAGAAGGGAGGUGGCCAAAGCUGUCUUCUCCCUUGUGUUGAUCUUUGCCCUCUGCUGGUUCCCACUGCACCUCAGUAGGAUAUUAAAGAUGAUGCUGUACCAUGAGAGUGAUAAAGAGCGCUGUGACCUACUCAACUUGAUGCUGGUCAUGAAUCACCUCGGCGUCAACCUGGCAACCAUCAACUCGUGCGUUAAUCCCAUCAUAUUGUACUUUGUCAGCAAGAGGUUCAAAAACUGCUUCAAGUCCUGUCUGUGCUGCUGGUGCUACUCUGACAACCAGCUGAACAGCAUUGGACCCAUGAAUGGAACCAGCAUCCAGUGUAAAAGUCCAGAGCCCAACAACCUCCAGACUACCCACUGCAUCAGGAAAUACAGCAAAUGACCGCUGCACACUUCACUCUUUUUACAACACAGAACUGCACUCGCCUGAAAUAAUGUAUAUUAAACGUACUUGUAUGAGACUUUCUGUGUGACGCUGUCGCAGCACGUGUCUGGAAACACAUGAGGAACUGGAACAAAGGGAACAAACCGUGGAGUGAGUUUCCUGAGCCUCUCAGCGGGCUGAGCUUCCUGAGAAAAGGCCUCUUCUGUUCCCACACCCACAAACGGUGACCCUGUGGCCUGAGAGAAGAAAUGGGGUCAGCAGGAUGAGGAAGAGGAGGAGGACUCUUUUAAGGGAUGCAGCUGAACUCUAUUAAUGUCCAUCAGAAGCUGAGCAUGGUUUCCUGGAUGGGAAGGAUGAGGAAAAGGCUGACUGUUCUCCAUCAUUAGGAGCGAUGAGAGCGGUGUGCUGAACCCAGACGUUAAAACGGACUCAUUAAAGCUGAAAUCCCAAAGAAGCACGUUACAGACUCAAGAAACAACCUACGGUUGGGACUAAAGUACUGCUGUGUGUUGGAUUGUACUCUUUAGAUAGAUGGAAACCUAAGUGGGUUUCCAUGAAAAGGUUAAGAACAUUUAGUAUUUUAGCUUCAUGAACAACUUCAGUUUGGAUGAAUAAAAAUUUAUUCUGAGCAAAUUGAUGAGCUAACAGCUAGUCACAGUGGAGGUUGGUGAAUCUAUAUUGGUCAUUAGCCGUUAGCUUGUCAGGCAGCAAGAGUAAACCAAGUCAUUGCCUUAGUACAACUAAAUUAGGACUUUUUAAAUGCAUGUAUACACAAGAGGUGGACCAAUGUUGGUUUUUCUAUUGAUGAUACAGAUGUCCAUAUGUAGGAGACAAGGUUAGCCAGUGUUAGCCAGUGUACUACUCAGUUAUAAUGGGCUAAUUUUCAUGGCCACUAUCUAGACAUGUUCCAUCUUAUUCUCAUGCUAAAAUGUCACUAAUAACAUUAGCUGAUGCUCAACAUUUCUGAAGCUGAGUCAGUUUUUGAACUCUAAAUGAUGCUGUUAAAUCUGUGUUUAAGUCAGACACCUAAAUAAAGUUCAUUUAGAGUAUUUAUUAUGCAGAUGUUUUUAGUGAGCGUAAAAAUACAUUUAAAUGAAAUUCUGCAACAGCGCCGGGCUGCCCGAGGAUGUGCCCGACUUUAAAUCGGCUUUACUAAGGAUAUUUAUUAGCCAAUGUAUAAAAACUGUAAAUAUUGGCCGGAUAUAUCGGUCUACUCCUAGUGUACACCUUAGUCCAGGGGAAGUUGAAACAAACAGGACUAAUCCUAAUCAAGCUAAGGCACCAGCUAAUGCAGUAAAAAUAAAAUCCCAACUUAGCCAAGCUGUGACCAGCCUGGGCUCCCUCCCACCAGGAACCGGUCUUCUGAUAUUAUCAUCGCCACAGGACUGCGUGCAUCUGACGUGGUGAAGCGUUCUUGUCAUCCAUUCCUUUAACCAUCGUGCAGAUCCUGCCUUUACUCUGUCUGCUUCACUCCAGCCAGCAUUUGUUAAUUGUUUGUGUGUUGCCACCUAGCAUCGCAGAGUCAAACAUCCUUCAUUCAAUAACUCAAUUUUCUACUGUGCAUGUGAACUAGAAUGAAGGCUUCCAAUCUGGUGAAGGUUUUCGCUCAAUUAUUGGGGUAGUUCGAUUUAGAUGUGUGUGUAACUACAGAGUGUGAUUUGAACUACUCUAUUUCUCCAGGCUGAGGUUGUUCAAAAAAAAUCAUAUUUUUUUUUCUCUGAAAACCAUUUCAGAUGUUUCAGCUAAACUAAAAGUUUUUCUAAAGUUGCAGGUUAGAUGUCUGAAACUAAAAACAAACCCAACAUUUACCACCAAUUAAAUUGUUUUUUUCCACAACACUGUGAAUGUCACCAUGCAUAUACAAGUAUAGAAAUAUCAGUAUAGCGUUCACUUUUAUAAAGUGUAAUAAUACAAAAAGUAUUUUACUCAGACUACAUUACCUUUAGAAUAAAAUACGGUAGGUGGUAGUGUUUGGAUAAAUCACACAUCCUCCGAACUCAGAGAAAAAAAUGAGUUUUUGAAAAUGUUCGUUGUUCACCCGAAGAGGAACCGUUCUAGUGUCAACAGCAAGAUUGUCUGACAGACAGAGGGUGGGAAACUCAUAACCGGCUUUGAUCAACAGAAAACAUUUUCCCAUUUCAUCCUGAAGAAAAAUGUAGCAAAACUGGCAAAUCAAGCCAACAAGUAGAAGGAGGAUCAAAUAGUCUAAAAAUCUGAUUAUGCAAUACAAAACAAAGCAUGCUAUUUAUUUGAGCGUGCAUUAAGUAAAGAGCAUUUCAACACAAUUUUCUAAUUGUUACGUCCCCGACAGGUGUUGUUAGAAUGUGAAGGGAUAACAUAAGAACUGGACAGUGGAUGUUAAAAGGGUUUUAUUGUAACAAAUGUUCUAAAAACGUGCAAACAGAUGACGGGCAUUAUAAAGAUAAUGCAAAACACAAACUGAACUAUCUAAAAGGUUAACAUCGCGACAAAUUAUCAACUAUAGAAACACCUGGUUAAAACUUAUAUUAAAAGUCUUACCGAACCGAAGGUGUUCUUAAAAACCCGAAGUUGAUACAAGUCUAAAACAAUAUACUGACUUAGGCCUAGUCCACACGUAGCCGGGUUUUUUUUUUAAAUGAAUAUCCGCCCCUCCAAAAACUUGCAUCCACACCUAGCCUAGCAAGCCAGACUAAAUAAAUGUAUUAUUUAGUCUGGCCACGCUCCAUUGACGGCUCUCGGUUGUGGGGCGGGUUCUACCGUUGUCUUUCCAAUGAUCUCCGCGUUCCACUGGACAAUGAAUGUGACAUACUCUUGUUCCACUCUGUUGCAUCAUCCCACCCACCAGGCAUAUAGAGUGCCCUGAUUGGCCCACAAAGCGGAUAAAGCUCUGUGAUUUGUUCACUAAGCAGAGCACUAUGAUUGGCCCACCAUUAUGGACCAAUCACAGCUCUUUAUGUGUUUGAAACCCCUUUAGAGAGCUGUGAUUGGCUAGCCAGAGUCCUGGUAGGAGCUGCGGAGGUUCCAAUGGAGCGUGCCUAGACCAAACUUUGCAAAGCAAGAAUUUGGUCUAGUUCACCAGGCUAAUCCACACCACCUCAUUUUAAAAAGAAACUCUGUCCACACGUACCCGGAUAAAUACGUCGUUAAGGAAAUGCCAGACCUGUAGGCCGCAGUACUUCCCCCGUUCUUAACCUCGUCCUUCGUCUGUGGUCUUCCGCAAGGAGCAGUAAUUCCGCUUGCAAAACCAAACAAGCAAAAAGCGCUUGGGCAAUUUGUUAAAGUGAGCGCAGCUCUGAGGGCAUCCAUGCUGUCGGCUAGUGUAAACACAGGUCGCACACGUGAUGUCGGCAUUUUUUUUGUCGCGCAAAGUGACGUUGCGGAUCUUUAAACUCCGGUUUUGUCUGUCCACACGCAGACACCCAAAACGGAGAAAACGCAGAUCUUCACUUUGGCCGGAGUUUUUAAAAAAAUCCAUUUUCGUGUGAAAAAACUCCAUUUUUGUGUGGAUGACAGGCCAAAACGUAGAAAAAUAUCUACGUUUUGGCAGAUCCCCAGCUACGUGUGGACAGGGCCUAAAACACCUGGUAAAAAAAACUUAUUUUAAAAAGCUUCACCACAACGAAGGUGUUUAAAACCGAAGUCAGUAAAACUGCCACGGAGUUAACCUUUAAAACCAAACUGCAAAAAGAUCCCACUGGAUCAUCCCAAAAAAACUUAUCACCUAGAGUUAAAAACAACCAAAGUUUUUAACUCCUCUAAACGAAAGGGGUUGAAAACAAACAAAACCAGGAGGACAGCAGAACCCCUGCACUGCUGCCUCCCAGACUUCUUCUUCUUCUACCUUUCCGGUUAAAUGGUGGGUGGCAACCAACUUAAGGUGCAUUACCGCCACCUACUGUGCAGGAGUGUGAGUCAGAGCGAGGAGAGAAAAAAAAAAAAAAAAAAAUAUAUAUAUAUAUAUAUAUAUAUAUAUAUAUAUAUAUAUAUAGAAAAAUAAUAAAAAACUAAAUUCUACUAAAUACCUUAAUUUUCCUAAGAAACUCUAGCACCAACUUAUAAUUGGACCCACUGCCAUUCAACAACGUUCUCAAAUUCCAAAUGCCACAACCUUUAUCUUUCAACCUAUCUAUAAAUUCACCCCUAAUUACAUCAAACUUACUACAAAAACACAAAACAUGUUCUACCGUUUCCUGUUCUGUCCCACAAUCACCUGUUUGAUGUUUUCCCAAAAUAUGCAAAGUGCUGUUCAAUCCCGAAUGUCCUAAUCUCAAUCUCGUUAUUAUUGUUUGUUCCCUAUUAUGUAAAUCCUUAAACGACCUUUUACCUACUACGUGCCUCCCAGACUGCUGAAGGCACGGCCUUUUUAUACAGGUGUUGGCGAUCAAGGAAGAUUCAGCUCAGCUGUGCUCCUCAGCAGCCCGGGAGAGAGGAGGAGGGGCGGUGUCAGGCUGUUUCACCAGAGCUGGGUGAUCCUGGCUCCUGCUCUUCCCUGGCCAGACUGGCAACCGUUACACUAAUAAAAUAAUCUAAACUCACCAGUUUUAUGGAUUUUCAUGUAAAUGUCAUAAAAAGGGGAGAAAAAAACAAAAUUGAUCAAAAAUUCAUAAAGUUUUUCUCAAAAAAGUGAAUUUGAGUAUUUUCCAGAAUGUCACUCUGUUGUUUUCAUGUGUUUUAUUAUGUUUAUGCUUUUAUAUAAAAUUUUAACAAUAUGGCCUUACAUUUUUAAGAAUAUGUAUUUUUAUGUGUUAAUUUUAUGCUUCUAACAUGUGAAUAAACAUAAACCUGUGGGAGUCUGGUUUGGUGCACCAAAGUACUCUAGAAACUGCACACCUCCGGUUUGGCCUCUAGAGUGUUUUGCACGUGUGCACACACACGUCUCACCCUUCUUGUGCACUGUAAGAAAGGAAAUGUUGAAUUAACUCAGCUAAGUGACGUCAGCUGGUUCUACCAGCCUAGCUGCUGCUUAAAGGUAAAGAUGAAUACACAUUGUUAUCCAUUGCUGUGUUAAAAGUGAAUCUUAUACUCUUUAUAUAGCAACUAGGUUAUGGCACCAUUUUACUCAAGCCGAGUACAUUUUACUCAAAUAGAAUAGAGUUUACUUUGAAAAAGAUUACAUGUGGUUCCAUGGGGUCAAAUGUACUCACUUUUCCUGUGCAGUUGCCAUGACUUUUUAAGUAAACAAUUCUUUUUUUUUUUUACAGUGUCUAAUAUUUUUACCACUAGACGUUAACGUUUAUCCUCCUGUGGUCUGUUGUAACGGCUGCUGCUUCAACUAAUAAAUCACUUUUUAACCCCA